GUGGAAAAGUCCACCUUUUCGAAAUUUGUAUAGAAGAGCGGAGGGACGAUCGUAGCGGUUGCUGAUGUUUCACGGGAUACGAUGGAGCCCGAGGAACCUCUGCUGCAAGGUAUCCUGCUGUUACCACCGCAGGGAAUGUUGGGUCAACUCAAGAAAUCUUGGCACAAAAGGUUCUGUCAGCUGUUCAGGACGAGCAAUUACGGUAUCAAACGCGUGGAAAUUUAUGAUAACCAAGAGGAAGCUGUGUUGCAGCUGCAUGUCCCACGUAUCAUCACGUUGGACGCGUGUAUCAAAAUUGCACCUAGCAACCAGUCGCAUGUAUUCACCGUUGUGACUAAGUCAGGUAUCCAUUACUUUGGAUGUUACUCUGAAUCUGAUAUGAGUCAUUGGAUUACUGCGUUUCAGUUAGUAGCAUUUAAAGAUAGUGUGUCUAAUCAAACAAUAGAAGAAAAUAAUGACCUGUACUGCACCAGUGGAGAAGGAGUGUUCUCUGUUAAGGUCGUAGAGACAGAUGCAUCGAAACGAUGUGGCUUAGAAAGUAGAAAUUAUACACUGGUAGUAGCUACAGCAGACAUUAAGUUAAUGGAUGGAGACGUGGUGCUGUUUACCUGGCCGUAUCGAUACAUACGGAGGUAUGGUUACAAGGAUGGAAAGUUCAUUUUCGAAGCUGGAAGAAAAUGUGAAUCUGGAGAGGGUUCUUUCCGCUUGGAACACAGCAGUCAACAGGAGAUAUUCCGUUGUAUGUAUUCGAAAAUGAGAUCGAUGAAGAAGUUAAUGAACGAAGAGGGUAGCCCUAGUAUCGAAUGCAACGAUGCUCAAUACCACGCUGCUUUGUCCAUGGAAGCUGGAUCCCGAGCAGCUUUACCUCCCUCUCCAAAUAGUUCGGGCAAUUUAAUCGAGAUCGAUUUUUCGCCGCAGAAUUCUCAAAAGCAGUCGUGCAGUUCGUCGAACUUAGAUAGCAGCAUGUCUUCCAAACCUUCUUUAUCUCUGAUUAAACCGAAACCGACGAAACCACCGCGGAAGAACGUUUUCACGGGCGUGUUAGAUAAGAGAAGUGGGGAUUCUGAACAUUCGGAUUUGGAAUACAAAUCAUUGAAUCGUGAGAAUUCGCCUGAGAUGUCACAGAAGACGAUAGGAAGCUCUAUACCCGACGACGAAGAGAGACAUCCUUAUGAUCUGGUGGAAGUAAGGAACAACGCUUGGAAAACGCAUGGCAUCGAUACUAUACAUCAUACGGAGAGGACGAACUCGUUGAUCCAGGGCGACAAGGAUAAAGAGAACGAGGACGAUUUUAAUUACGAGACAAUGCUCGCUACGCCUCAGAGCUCGUUAAAAAGUAAACCCAGUAUUAUUGAUAGCCCGAUACCUUCGUCGACUAAUCAUACGCCUUGCAAGUCGAACGAUGAACCCGAUUACGAUAAGUUAGAACAUUUCGGCUCCGCGACCAAAAUGAGUCAAAAGGGUGCGUAUAAAUUCCUGAAUGUUAACAGCGCCUCGCAGAAUUCACAUUCCAACGUGUCUUCGAACACUUCCGCGGCUGAUAACAAUAGCGCGUGGUCCAAUUAUGAUAUCGUGGAAGAUAUGUCCGCCGUUAGAUUGGCGGACGACAGUCACCUUGGAUAUGGUGUUAUCCGAAAGAAAAUUAAUCAUUCCGAGAUUGCAUCCACCAGUAGCAGCGUAGGUCCAAAGCAUAAGGUCUUUAAUAAUAGCGAAUAUGCGAUCGUGUCAAAGCCAAAAAGGGUAUAAAGAGAUCCGAAGUAAUUUCGUUUUAUAGUGAUUAAUACAUUAAUUGUGACUUUAGAGAUUCUUAAUUCUCGAAAACGACAAGAAAAUAAUACUAGUCCGCGGUACGACUAGAGUAAGUCCAUUUUUAUUAUUCCGAUUAAUGAAAAGUUCUCAUAUUUUAUAAUUUUAUUAUUAAAGCGCGCCAGCGGAAAGAUUAGUUUAAGGAAUACUAGUCUUCUUAAUCACUGUCAAUUAUGCAGAGAAUUAUCUUAGAUACAAAUUGAUCUUAUAUAUUCCGAUGACUUUUUUUAAUGCCUGAUCGAUACUAGUAAUAGUUCUCGAGGGCUUCAUAUUAAAAUUAAGAAAAUAUCAAACGGACUGAUGCAAUGAAAAGAAUUUUAGUGCCUUAUAAAGUGAACGAGGAUUUUAACUACGGUAUAUAAAUUUGCAUGUUAUUUCGAUAUCAGGUGUACUUAGAGAUAUUUGACAAUUAUUAUAUUAUUAUAAUCGUGAAUAGUCUUUUAUAAUAUUGUUACAAGUUCAACAGAAGUUCUGCCUUCAGAGAUAUUUAAUAUUUUAAACAGAGAUUCAUCGAUAUAUGUAUAUGGAUGAUAAGGAAGAAUAAGUCAUAAGUCAUUCCUUCUGUUUCUUGUACUAUAUAUUUUAUAUAUAUAUGUGUAUUAUAAUUUUAAUCAAAGAUUUAAUUAUAGAUCAUAUAUUGUACUGUUAAAACUUUUUAUAAAAAAUGUGCUAUGUACAUAUCUACUGAUAUUCACAUAAAUACUGAAUACUUUCUCAAGCAGGCCAUACAAUCUCAAUAUGUGCCAAGAUCUGUUUUGUUGAUAUUACGUGUAUAUAUUAGUAUUAAUGCAACUAAUGAACACAAACAAUAUUGUUUGUCUUUAACAUCAUAAUUUGAAGGAGUAAAGGAAAUAGCUUAGAGUCUUUUGACAUCGGCCAAGCUCUGGAUAUUAUUUUUAAUGUUAGAUUUACAUGGCACAGAUAGUUUACAAUAAAUUUAGAAAUAUUUACACUUGCCUAAA